ACUGUUAGUGAUCAAAUCGCUAUGCUGCCACCGAGUGACAAACUCGUGAAAUUGCAAGUGUGAUAAAUAGCCACUACGUCAUGACACUUAUAUUUGGUCAUGUUAAGACAGCGAGUAAAUAUGUGUUUUCCUGCUUAUUUUGAGACUCUAGAACACGUGUAAUUUUAUGCCAACCUUUUAGGUUUCGCCUCUAUUGCUCAGUGAUCACUUGGAAAACCUUCUGAACAAUAAAGGUCGUAAUUAUGUUAGAAACUGCCCAUGUGUUUGUUCGUUAAACGUUUGGUAACUUACUUAAAACAGUUAACUUAGUACGGUGCGCGGCGGAUAAGGAAGUGAAAUAAAACUCUGCAAGUGGUGAGAGAAGAGCAAAAAGAUGUUGUGUCCACGCUCAUUCAUUUUGUACAGAGUUGUCCUGAAGUCCGCAGUGUCCUUCACAUCCAGGAAGUUUUCAUGUGUAGGGAAGGUUCCUGAUAUGACUGAAGUUCGUAACAGGCUGAGAGAAAUAGUCGGUGCAUCUACCAACUGGCAAGAUCAUCAGCAAGUGCUGGUCGAGCGUGCAUCACUUAGUCAGUAUCUUGCUCGGAGUCAGGAUGAAUUGCCUGCAAAAAAAAUGAAGGACAGUAUGAUAGAAGCACAUCUUCCUCUGGGUUCCCAGCCUGUCUUGAGAGAGAAAUACCUCAACUCUCACAACAGUGUCAGGUUUGGUCGGAUUUUGGAGGAUUUGGACUGUUUAGGAGUGCUCAUCUGUUACUCUCACACAUGGAAUGAGGAGCUGCAAAGAUCUCCGCUGUCUAUUGUCACCGCCCUUGUGGACAAGAUCGACAUGAGGCAAAACAUCAUCUACCCCGACUGUGACAUCAAGUUCAAAGGUCAUGUGACAUGGGUUGGCAAAACCUCAAUAGAAGCUACAAUGCACAUGUCUCAGUAUCAAGAUGGUGCGUAUGCAGAUGUGUUAGAUGCCACGUUUGUAAUGGUGGCUCGAGAUCCUGAAAAUAAAAGGGCAGCUUUUGUAAACCCACUCAAACCAGAAGGUCCAGAGGAAGUGGCCAUUUUUCAUCAGGGUGAAAUUAACAAGAAGAGGCGUGUGGAGCUGAGCACAGCUUCUCUUUUGAAAGUGGCUCCUACAGCUGAGGAAAGGACUCUCAUUCACAACCUGUUCCUUAACACUCUAGACACACGACGUGUGAGUUUUCGUAGUAGGAUUCUACCACCAAAUUCAGUGUGGAUGGAAGAUGCCAAACUGAAAGGGCUAGAGAUUUGCCACCCAGAGGAAAGAAAUAUCUUCAACCGGAUAUUCGGUGGUUUUCUAAUGAGAAAGGCCUAUGAACUUGGUCGAGCCAAUGCCUGUGCAUUUGCUGGAUGCAGGCCAACUGUGGUGGCUGUGGAUGAUAUCUUAUUUCGUAAGCCGGUAGAAAUCGGUUCGUUACUCUUGCUGUCUUCUCAGGUUUGUUACACAGAAGGGAUGUACGUCCAGGUCAGGGUUCACACAGAGGUGCUUGAUCCUUUGACCCGGGAGCACAAUACCACCAACGUGUUUCACUUCACGUUCCGUCUCGAAAAGGAUGUCCCAGCUGUUGUCCCGCAGAGCUAUGGAGAGUCUAUGCUAUACCUGGAUGGAAAGAGGCACUUUGAUAAGACAAUGAGGAACCAGUGUUGAGGAUUCUAGGAUGUGCUGAUAAGAUGAAAUACUGUACCUGAUAAAACCUCACCAACAUCCAUCACUACAGUUACAUGAGUGUGUAUAUGUAGAUUCUGGUUUGAUUUUCAAAAUGUCUGCCCUACCUUACAUGCAUGCUUUUGAUACAUAUGUUUAUACAUUUGCUGAAGCACUUUCUAUGACAUGUUUAAAAUGUGAACUAAAAAUGUGAAAAACACUGUUACCACAAUACUAAAAUGUCUGACACAUUCUUUCCCUUCCUUUUCCAUCAGCUCAUAGUAUUUUAGUUCUAUACAACCCCAUUUAAUUGUGAUUUCCAGGCCUGGAAAAGCCAUGAAAAUUAAUGAAGGUCUUAAGAAGGUUUGGACAUUUCUGUAGCAAUUAUACUUUUUCUU